AUGUCAGGCGUAAAAAUGGCGACGGAAAACGCCACUCCAAGCUCCACCGCCGAUGAGUCCAAAAUCUGUGUAGUACUAGGAGGCCGGGGGUUUAUCGGGAGAUCACUGGUGGCGAGGCUGUUGAGACUCGGCAAUUGGAUCGUCCGAAUCGCUGACUCAACUCCUUCCAUUCUUCUUGGAAGCGAUGAAUCGGCUCUGUCUCAAGCUCUGGAAUCCGGCCGUGCGUCGUAUUACCAAGUGGACGUUAGAAACAGAGAUCAAAUCGUUAAAGCUGUUGAAGGGGCACUUGUUGUGUUUUACACUAAUACUGUGGACUCUAGCAACGGCGACUUCUACUUCUAUUACACAACUAUAGUACAAGGUGUUAAAAAUGUGAUUAAUGCUUGUAAAGAUUGUAAAGUGAAGCAGUUGAUACAUAACAGUCCUGCUGAUAUAGUUUUUGAAAGUGGUCGUGAUAUAGACAAAGGAGAUGAAUCCAAGGUGUACGCAGGCAAAUUUGGCAGCGUCGUGACUGAUCUUAACGCUCAAGCUGAAGGUCUGGUGUUACGUGCUAAUGACAUUGAUGGCCUUUUAACUUGUUCAAUUCGUUCGAGCAAUGUCUUCGGACCUGGAGACAAGCAGCUGGUUCCGUUGCUGGUGCAGAUGGCAAAAUCUGUUUGGGCUAAGUUCAUUAUAGGAAGUGGGAAGAAGCUGACUGAGUUUACCUAUGUGGAAAACGUUGCCCAUGCUAAUAUCUGUGCCGAAGAGGCUCUAAGUUCAAAGAUGGUUUCUGUAUCUGGAAAGGCUUAUUUCAUCUCGAAUCUCGAGCCCUUAAAUUUUUGGGAAUUCAACUCUAGUGUGCUGGAUGGCCUUGGGUACCAGAGGCCCACAAUUAAGCUGCCAGAUUUUGUGGUCAAGUAUUUCAUUUUGGUUGGGAAAUGGUUGCAUUUGAACAUGGAUUUUACAUUUGUCCAAAAAGUGUCCGAUUUAAGUUUGUGCACUAGGACGCUCGACUGCUCGGCUGCUAAGAAACACAUUGGAUACUCGCCUAUCAUUUCGUUGCAAGAAGGAAUUACAUUAACAGUUGAAUCAUUCUCCCAUUUGGCUCAAGUCUCAACUUUCACAAAAUACAAAGAUUCUGGUGAACAAUCGAAGGCAGAUAAGAUUUUAGGGAGUGGGAAAGUUGCGGAUAUUUUGCUAUGGAGGGAUGAGACAGAAAGUUUUACAUAUUUCUUGUCUUUGGCUCUGUUCUACUACUGGUUCUUCCUCUUAGGAAGAACUUUCAUCUCAUCUGUGGCCAUGCUUCUGCUGCUUGUUGCUGUUCUGCUCUCUUUUAAUUGUUUCCUUCCAGCAAAUAUUUUUGGGAUGUCGUUUCCAAGAGUUCCGUCAUCUUAUUUUGAGAUUUCAGAGGAAACGGUGAGAACUUCUUUUUCUAUCAUGGGUUACAUAUGGAAUAGUGGCUGCCAUCUGAUGGGCUCCUUCGCUCGUGGAGAAGAUUGGCAUACGUUUAUUAUGAUGGUAGCUUUGCUGUACUCCUUUAAGAUGGCCGCAACUCACUGCUUAACUCUGUCUAUUGGAUGUGCACUUGUUGUUGCAUUCAAUGCAUUCUUCAUCUAUGAGCAAUAUGAAGAGGAAAUUGAUGGGGUUGUCACAAGUUUAUUCAUCUACACUAGGAAAUCUGGGAGGUGGUUGCUGAUGAAUCUGCCUAGACCUCUAGCAUCACGGCUUCCUGAUCGUUUCAUAUCAGUUCAGAAAACAAUCCUUCAAUGA